GGUCUGUGUUAUACUUCAUCUGGAUUUUUAAAACAUUUUGAAUACAGUUGCAUCUCACUUUUAGCCUGUUCAAAAUACCAUGCAUGUGCAUCUCUCAAACGAUUCUGUCUUGGUUAGGCAUUAUCGUUUUAUUUCUUAUUCUUUUUAACUUUGGAUCUCGGAUCUCUUUUGAAGGCUGUGUGCGGGUAGUCCACGACAAUGAAACAUUAAUCCUGCCCACAGCUGCAAACCAGCCAAUUGGUAUCGAGUUUGAAGCGUCAUGUUUAUUUUAUGAAAAAAGUUGCCCGCCCACUAAAUCAGUACCGUGUUCGUUUGAAAAAAAAAAGUGAUCCUUGGCUUGCAAUGUAAACUAGCUGUUUACUUUCUCUGGUUUGAUUUUUUAUUGGAUUAUAAUACUGACAUAGGCUACCCUGUGGAAAAAAACAGAGUCGGAAUUUUGAAAUCGCUGAACAAGAUGAAAACUGUUGCUGUUGGCAAUAAGUCAAACAAGUAUAUAUUUUGCACGCUUCAAGACAAAGCUAGACGACGGACACAGUACGGGUUAGUUUUCAUAUGUAAUGACGAGCAGUUUAUUACUGUUACAUUUGGCCAUAGAUUCUUAAAAUGAAAACGAAUGCGAUUUGCAAAAUGUACUUCAUUGUAUUACUUUAAGUGGAGGAUGGGCCACCUUGAAGUUCCGAAAUAAGUGAAAGUAUAGGAUGUGCAUGUGGUAGACGUUCUCCGCUCAGUCGCUUGGUGACAUGAACUGUCGUUAGGCUGCGUUAGUUUGUGUACGGUUCACAAGGCAACCGUGAGACCAUCACUUCUAAGUGAUGUUUCACUUGCUAUGAGGAUUCUGGUGUGGUGGUGAUGAGGUAAAGUAGGCAAUGCUGUAUCGUUUAACUGAUAGUCAGCAAAGUUAAUGUGUUUUUGGAAGCUAAGUGAAGGUUGCUCUUUACUAUUGUUGUGAUAUCUAUCUAGAUAGCGAGACGUAUUAAUCUCAGUUGUGAUUUCAUGGUUUUGCUAAGUGGCUAGUCAUGUUGUGAAUUUUUCCAAUUUGACUCAACGUUAGCCCCAAAAUAGUCUUAACAUUGUUAAAUCAGCACCUGGGGAUAUCCAAGAUGCAAUAUAUCUGAGUUAGCUUGUUAGCAGGGUGUACUGAGGUUUAAAAAAGAAAGGGAAACUUGGGCAUGGGACACCAUCAUCAGGAGCACGAGUUUAAAAGGACCGUUUGCUUUCCUUACACAUAGGAGUACAAUUCAGCUAACUGGCCAAGAUGCUUGGUAGGAAUACCUUAAACGACGACUAUAUACGUACUUUUACACAGUAGAAAAACAUUUUACGUUACUUUGAACGAAAAGCUAGAUCUGGAAAAUAAAUGUAUGUUCUUUAUAGUUUCUACCUCCGUUUCGGAAUAUGCGAAAUGAUCACACUUGAGGAGACCGUCAAAUUUUCCACCCCUUUCCACCAAGGUCAUCGAAGCAUUUUGAAAUCCAAGGUUUAUCCAAAGAAAAUAAAUGUAGUCUUCAUCGUCAUUCUGCGGACUUUAAACCUCUUUCUCUCUUAUGUCAACAUACUUAUUGUUGAAAAGUUCCAAUAGCGAUCUCUGCUCAAAUUCGAAAGAAACUGACCAGGCCUGACAAACAGGUACACUUACUGGGUUGAAAAAAAAAAAAAAUUGCACCAUACUCAUUCCGUGGGUUUGACGUUUGCUAAACGUUUUCUUGGCUUGGCGUCGGUGGGGGGAGGGCAUCGCAGUAACAGGACAGCAAGGUGUUGCAACAGAAGCAUCCAGUUGUUUUCCUGGACACCACCCUAAAGUUUUUACAGUGAAACAAACCUGCAUCUACUGCAAUACCUUGAUUUGAGGAAGAGGCAUACUCUUAGUUUCCCAACAGUGAAGUCAGGGAAUGAUCUCAUACAAAAUAUGAGGCUCAUAUUGGUUGGUUUGCCCAAAGCUGUCUGCCUGUUGUCUGUGCUUCACAUGAUUGGCUAUACUAUUUGAUACCUGUGAGUGAAAUAUUUGUCUGUGAUUUUGGUAACUGGUUCUGCCAGCUUAUUGCGAUAUGUGUCUGGUUGUACCAGGCUACGAAUUCGGUGUCUGCAAACAUUUUUAUUCCAAGAAGUGGUAAUAAUUUUGGUAACAGAGACAUGAGGUUUAAAGAGGCCUGUUGCUAUGUUAUGUAUUAUUAUUAUUAUUAUUAUUAUUAUAUAUAUUAUUCACUGUAGCUGAGUAAAUAGAGUAAAUAGAAUGGGUGUUUCUUUACAAGAGUGAAUAUGAAUGACAGUGGACAUUCCAUCCCAUUUUUACAGAAGUGAGAAGGAAAAAUGUCCUUCACAUAACAGUCAUGUAAUCAGUUAAAGAGAAUAGAGUAAUUAGAAUGUGUGUGAGACAGAUAGAUAGCCUACAUAUUUUAUCAUCACACGUCCUUACAUAGAGGAAGGAUGCAAAUCUGUUUUAUUGUGUCAUCAUAAAGCCAUGCAAGAACAAUAGCCCAUGUUGCCAAAGAGAAAGUGCACCUGUGAGUCAUAAUGGAGAGAGUGUUCACACACUCUAAAGGGAUUUUAAAACAAAUGGUCUUGAAAACAUCCUACCUCACACAUUUUUUCUUGUUUUGUGUCUGCCUUCAAACGAUUCCCAUGAUGGAUUAGUAGAACAAAAACGUGGGCUCAACGGCCAACAAGCACUGCUGAUAUAACUAGGCUAUAUCUUGUGCUGAACUGGUUUGCUCGUAAAUGACACUUCAGUUUGCCUUUGGUAACCAUAGCAGCCCAGUCUGUGUUUGAGUGAGUGAGUUUGACCUUAUCUAUCCCUUCGUCUCCUAAGCUGAUUAUGCCCCGACGGCCUUCUGAUUCGAAACCUCCACAUGCCUCAGUCUAUCCGGGAGCUGUGCAUUCUUCCCUGCCUCUUGGUUCUGGGAAAGCCGCAGACUUGUUGCUCUCGGCUGAAGUCGGGAGUGUGAUGAAAAUCAGAGUGCAGUUAGUGUGUCUGACAGCUGAGGAGGUCUGGGAUCCUCCGGAGGAGCAGGCAGGCGUUUAAUUAGCCUGAAUUAGAGACGUGUACCUGCUGCAUUGCACCCUGGGGAUUAGCGUCCAGCCUGAGCUGUGGGCGAUGAUAGACACUGUGCGUGUGUGUCUGUGUAGCUGUGUCUUGGUGCAUUCUGACAUCUCGAUGUGCCUUGCAUUGCUUCGUCAGGAGGAAAUCCCAGCGCAUGCGGAAUAAUUGGCCCCUCCAUUGGCAGCCAGGGCGUGCGUGAAGAGGAGGGUCCAUGUUGCCACUAGAAGUCCCCAAGAAUCAGACCCUGCUGUCUUGAGUGGACAUUACUCAGCCUGACUCCUCGACCCGACACGCUGCUCUCUUUCAGCCAUGGCUCACCAUGCUGCCCUGACCGCUGGGGCCCUGCGUAGCAGCAGGACUAUGAGAGGGCAGGGGGGUUAGACACGUUAGAGUGGGGAAACUUUUUAGAAAGCGAGAGAGAGAGAAUGGAGAGGAUAGGGCAAAGCACCACUGCUGGGGUGAUGGAAUGGACCCCGGCCCCGGAUCCCCCCUCUCCUGCCAGCCCUGGGGGGUCAGAGCUGAGCUGGGAGGGAGGCGGAGGAGGGGAGGAGGAUGACUUUCAGAGCCAGAUGGAUGAGAGGGGGAUCAUCGGCCUGGAGGAGACCCAGGGGGAAGAGCUGAUGCUGGGCUCGGGAGAGGAGCUGGGUCCAGACGAGGACAAGUUUGCUUCAUCCCUGUACUUUGAGAAGGAAUCCCAAGGAGAAGGGCAAGAGUGGGGUCUGAGUGAGGAAGAGGAGCAGGGUUUCGGAAAUGAAGACGAGUGGGAUGAGGAGCAGGAACAGAGUGAGAUGUGGGACACAGGGACUCCUGAACCACACGAGGGGCCACCCAUGACCAUGCAGGAUCUGACCUUUAACCUGAGUGAACUCCUCGACUCUGACCUGGCUGAAGAUGACACAAACACUCCACCCCAAUUUGAAAGCCAGUAUACAGAGGGCCAGGACAGUGCAGUCUUGCAGGAGGAUGAGGAGCUGCAUAGGGUGGAGGGGGAAGGAGGCGCGAACCGGGUGACUCAAAAACGGAACUGGACUCCUUCACAGAGAGACAGUCAGCUGGAUAUGAUUGAGGAUGAACUGCCUGCAUCUGAGUGGGAAGAGUUCCAGAAUUGCCCAGCCUCUCAGGUCAGAGCCAUGAUGUCUGGGUCGAGACCAGGCUGUAGUAGUUCAGAGUAUAGGACUGCAUCUAAUGGAGUGGAAUGGCCUGAUGGAGAGAGCAUGAAGCUAGACCUGCUAGGCGAGGAAACUGGUGAUCACCUGACCCCAACACCCUCCCCCAGGAGAAAUCAACUUCAGGAUGUUCAGAAAAGUCCUCCUUCAUCUCAUUCAGUCGGCACGUCUGAACUCAAGCUUGGACACAGGAACAACUCAGAGUUUGAACCAGAUCUUACACUUCAAACAAACUCACAUGGGGAAAGCAAACAUUCCAUUGAGGAAAGCCACGAGUCCUCAGAUGCAACAUUUUCUGAGGCUGAACUCAGAGAGUCACUGUCCAGAUCAUCUCCUAGCAGGCCAAAUCAUCACAGGAGCCAAACGAACAGGUCUUCAAAGCCAGACCUUCAUGCUGGUGGAGAGACAGUGGGGCACCCACAAGCCUUUAAGGUCAAAGGUGGUGCACAGAAGGAUGUACACAAGACAUCUGGUUGCACAAGACACUCUAUUUCUCAUACCUCACCUCCCUCACCUCCCCCUGCUCCUCAUACUGUCCCACAGAUCUCCCCUCCUUCCCAUCUCCUUCGCCUGUCCUUGGAGGAUCUGACAGACUUUCCUGGCAUUCAGGAGGAGAGGUUUCCAGAAGCUUCCUGCGCGGAGAGCCUCCCAGACUCUAGUGUGUGUCAUCCCCGACCAACUCCCUCUCCACGGAGAAACACACGUGACUCACAGGAAAGACCACAGCACCUAUCUGCGGCCCGCUCUGAGACUGAGCUCAGGAGGUCACCUUCCUCUCCUAACAGGACUCAUCAUCGCAGGAGUGAGAGGAGGAGUCCCGAUCCUGCUCACAGACGCACAAGCCCUGCUGACCACACAGACGUCAGGCGAGGAAAGCUCACCCACCCCUUCCCCGACUUCUCCAAAGUUCAGCCUCGAGUGCACUUCCCCAAAAAGGUCUACAAACCCCCCAAGAGUACGUGCACCGUCCGGCGGAUGGGGACGUCCCCUGAGCCCCCUAUGGUCUUCAAGUCUCCCGCGGAGAUCGUCAGAGAGGUGCUCCUGAGCAGUGGCGAGGACCCCGAGAAGCCCGCGGGCCCCGGUCAGGAUGGGCCCCGGCGGCCCCUGAACCGCACAGUGCCUGAGGACUUCCGGGACCCUCAGCAGGCCACCACUCUGAUGCAGCAGCUGCAGGAGGAUUACAAAAGACUGCUGACAAAAUAUGCUGCGGCAGAAAAUACUAUCGACAGAAUGCGCUUGGAGGCCAAGGUUGAGCUGAACUCGGACCCACCCAAGCCAAGCCACGUCAUCCAAUCAGGAUUUGUGAAAGAAGGGUCAAAGGUCAUGACCCUUACGUUUCCACAAGCACAGAGGGCUAAGCUGGAUGCACCUCAGCAGACCCUCCGAAGGUCAAACUCAGGCCGCCCCUCUUCUGUUGACUCGGCCUCGUCCAGACAGAGGGGUCUGCGCGCCAUCGAGCAGCUCGCCACAGCCCUCCACUUCCAGGUCCAUAGGUUCCACCUGCAGCUUGACACCUUUGAGGAGCUCCUGAGACAAGGUCAGCUGAAGGCACAUGAGCAGAUGAAGGGCCUGUGUGAGCUGGCUCAGGGUCAGGAGGCUCUGGAGAGGGCCUACCUGGCAGCACGGGAUGAGCACAAGUUCCUGCAGCAGGGGGGCAGCAGGCUGCCACCUUUUGACCCAAAUAGGGACCUUGAAGGGCAGAUUUUCCAGUCAGGGAUGCGACUGGAUGAGCUGAAGGAGUGGGUGGAGCAAACACAGCAAGCCCCGCCCAUGUCCGAGCCUCAGCCCCCUCCACAUCCAAUCUCUCUGAGCCCCAGGGAGGGUGACGCGUUGCCACGCCCACAGGGUCCAGUGUGUGUGGGAGAUCAGAUGGCCGUCAGGGUUGAGGUGAGCUCCGUGAGCGGCGCAAGCGAGGGAGAGAUGGAGGAGGAGGAAGAGGAGGCGUUGCCGUCUCUCCUCCUUCGCCCCCUCCAUCAGAAGCGCCAGUGCGUGGAGCGGGACUUCAGCAAUCUGAUGGGCCACUAUCAGAGCUUAAAGGAGCUGCCGCAGGCCCUCGACGUGGUGCCCGGGUACAGCCGACCCAUCACCCCCGACCCAGAUGCCACUCUUCCCCCGGGGGAUGAUGGGAUGGAGUCAAGACAACGCUGGCGGAGGGACAGUGAGCAAGACCAGAGCAGCCCGUCUCAGCAGAAGCCCGCCCCAACACCGGAGCCGUCCCCGGGGCCCUUCGGCGAGUCCCAGAGCGGCAGCCUGGUGGAGAUACCGUUGGAGCGCUGCUCCUCCUACCCCGGAGCCCAGGACGUCUCCAGCCCCAGCCGAGCCUCAGGGAGCAGGAGGUCGGGCAGCGGCAGCCUCUGCAGCCUGGGGGAGGGGACAGCUACCGCCACCACAACACUGAACAAGAGCGCUUUCAAGGCGCAGUCCAGAAGUGCCAGAGCGCCCUCUCAGGAUGGUCUUCUGUCCCCAGAGACCGACAGUGGCUUUGUGGGCUCCGAGAGCAGCCGCCUCACUCCUGCAGUUCGCAGUCCUCUCCAGCAGGGGGAGAAGGCGAGGACAAUGCCUCUCGCGGAAACAGAGGAAGCAGAGAGUUCUGAAACAGUCACGGACUCAGGGCGACCUCCACAGAGGCCUCCCUCUCUGGGGCACGCCUCCCGGGGGAGCGUGGGCUCGGCCGGGGCAGCGCGAGGAACCCCCACAGCACCUCAGAGGAGAGGAGGAGGAGGAGGAGAGAGGAGACCGGCUCCCACCCCAUCCUCCAGCAGCUCCCCCCAGCGCUGGGCUAGGGAGCCACUGGAGGCGUGGGCCAGCAGCGGGGGCAGUGGGACCCACUCCCUGUCAGGACAGGAGGAUAAAGAACAGAACCUCCAGUACUACCGACAAUCAGCCAACCAGCAGCCAGUCUACCAGAGAAACUCCUCCCUCUCUGCGCCUUAUCGCCAUGGCGACCACCUGAAAGCCCAAAGUUCUGCCCCGUUGACCAAUCAGUGUGAGGCCCUCCAGUCUCUGCAGGUGGAAGUGAGCCGACUGAAGGAGUGUUUGGAGGGGACUCUGUGUGGGCCCCUCUCCCCUAGCUCUGAACCAUCCUACCCCCACAGCCCUGCAGCACACAGCACCCCCUACAGAGCACCUAAGCGUAGCAGCAGAAGAGAGGGUGGAGUAGAGAGGAGCAGAGCGGUAGAGGAGGAGGUGGUGGUGAAGCGGGAGGAGAGGAGGACCCAGAGAGCCAUCCUCAGACCCAGAUCAACGUCCACGCCACGCCCUCGGCCAGACACUACAGAUGAUUCUGAGCAUGUCCAGUCUGAACCUAAACAUCAUUCCCUGAGAUCUACCCCAGGACCUAAAGCGUCACACAGACGAAGUGGGCCUGAGAGGUCAGCGACGAGGGAGGGCAGAGGCCAUACCUGCCAGCCCCUCAGGCAGUCUGCUGUGGCUGAAGACGUUGUUGAUGCCAACCAGAGGAGGAAUGUGGGCACCGUGUGUCACGGCUGUGCCUCAAAGCUCAGUGCCAGUCCAGGCACAGCUCAUGCAGCGGGCCUAGAGAUGCGUGGCAGUGGGAAGCGUCCCGGCCGCUCUGCCCCUCAGUGCAGCCCACGGCAUGGAGCCUCGGAGCCCAGGAGGAGCACUGCUGUUCAGACAGACCAUCAAACAGACAGAGAUCCCGGCCCAUCCUCCAGACAGCCCCGCUCAGAGAGCUUUCCACACAGGGAGGCAGGGCGUAUGUUCCUGGCACCUCCGCCCGCUGCUGUGCUGGGCAACGUGCCCCUGGUUCAAUGUGUGCCAGUUUAUCAGCCCAUGUUUUACUACCCUGGUCCCAUGAUGAAGUCAGCGCCCAUGCCAUAUGUCUCCGUGGGAACAGAGCAACCCAGCCAGGCCAAAACCUACCGAAGCCGAGAGCGAGAGAGAGAGCGAGAGCGUGGACAGUCUCUCGGCAGCUCUCUCGACCGAGCCAUCAUUGCUGCUGCCAACAUGAAGAGCUCCUCCAAGCGCAUGGUCCGGAACCUUAAUACCAGCCUUCAACAUCAGAGGGCGCUGUCCCAGUCCUGCCUUUACUGAUUGAGGUUGGAGUCGGAAGGUGAUGGGCUUGUGACUGCUAAAGUCAGAAUUUGAUCUCUCUGAAACUGAGGACUGCACUGUUGUCAACAAGAACUGAUUCAGCAAUGUAAACAUCACUAAACAUUUGCCAAUGGUAGCAUACUGUAGCAUAUAUGUUUUGUUGCCUUUCUUUUGACAGUAGCUAUAAGAGCGUGUCAGUGGGCAAUCCACUGACAGUCACUAGUUGCUAAUAUAGGGUACUUACUUGAGGUAGAUGAAAUCAAACAUUUAACCCUGCACUAUAGUGUAUUGCUAUGCACCAUGACAUUAAGUAGAAAUGAUAUGCUGCUCAGUGGGCCUUUUUGGCCCUUGGUUUGGACUCAUGUUUUGCCCCAAUUUAUAUGCUCUUAGAGUUGCACGAAAAGGGCGCUUUCAAGGACAGCUGAAGAUCUUAAUUAUUAGAAGUCAAGCAGUCCGUGAUUACAGUGAAGCAAAGAUAGGCUGCCCUUUUUUAGAGUCUGUGAAUAAGUGAGGGACUACCUCUCCCUUGAGCUGUGGAAUGGCAGCCAGACUGCUGGCUGGUUGGGAGCACUGUAAAUCACAUGGGAUACGGUUGGGGUUGGGUGGGCACUGACUACAUGAGGGCGGGGGAUGUGGCCUGGAUGGUGAAAGGCAACACUCAUGUCAGAUUUACUCUCAGGUCUAUAAAACAUGGCAGCUACACGGAGAACAAACCAAUGCCUGCAUAACUAGCGUGAUACAUAUAUUCCUCCCCAUAUACAUAUGGGAUUCAGCGGAGUCUUGCUU